CCGCUACAAGGGCAGUAACGUCUAUAUCUCAUACAAACGUGGUGUCACAGACGACAACCCCCAGGCCAUUGACAAUAUAGCCAUCCAGCUUGGACCUAAUCCUGUGCCCAGCAGUUGGAAUGCUACCUUGUUUGAGCAUGAUGUUCAACAGGAUGUGCCAGACUGGGACGCUCACGUCAUCUAUAGGACAGCGGGCGUCGCUUCACCCAAGAAGCCAACGUUGCGGUUCAAAGAGGAUGGCUCAUUCAAGAUUGUCCAAUUCGCAGACAUUCAUAUGGCUACAGGUCCUCACACGUGCUAUAAUACCCCCGGCUCGAUGACAUGCAUUGGUGAUACUAAUACUAUGGAUAUGAUGGAGCGCAUGCUCGACGCUGAGAAGCCGGACCUGGUUGUUUACAGUGGUGAUAACGUUGAUGGAUUGACUUCCAAUGAUGCAUUCUCGACUAUUGUCAAAUACUCGCGUCCUGUGGUCGAACGUGGUAUUCCGUGGACGAUCAUUUUCGGGAACCAUGAUGAAGAAGGUGACCUGUCGCGCGAAGAGAUGAUGAGCACUGUACAGGAUUUACCCUAUUCGCUCUCUCAACGUGGACCUCUCCAUAUUUCGGGCACCGGCAAUUAUGUUCUCAGUAUCCAUAAGCACAGACGUAAGAGAGCUCAUCGACAGGGAUUUGAUAAUAAUCAGAAUGAAGGCGAAGAGGAAACAAGGCUUGAUGAUAGUGAUGAGAAUGAUAUUCAAUCCCGAAAUGGUUUAUUUCAUCUCUAUUUUCUGGAUUCGGGCGCCUACAGCUUUAACCUAAAGUACCCUGGCUGGGACUGGAUCAAGGAAGAUCAGGUUGAAUGGUUCCGUCAGACAUCCCGCGUUAUCACAUCACGAUACGCUACAGAUGAUAUUCCAAAUGCUUUGGCGUUCUUCCACAUCCCAAUCCCAGAGUAUAAUGACCUUGGGGAUGAUAAUGAGGAUGACGAUAACGAUGAUGAUGACUUGAAGGAAAAGAAUAAUGUCCGCAUGGUUGGAGAUAAAGCCGAAGGUGUCAGUGCUCCUUCCUAUAAUUCAGGCAUGUUUGAUGCUUUCUUAGAGAGUAAAGAUGUUAGAGCGACGACGGCUGGACACGACCAUCUAAACGACUAUUGCUUGAACCACCAUGGCAUCAAUCUUUGCUAUGGUGGUGGUCUUGGCUAUGGUACUUAUGGUAGCCCAACGAUUCCAAGACGCUCACGAGUUUUUGAAAUACGCAACAAUGGCGACCGUGUUGAUACCUGGAAGCGCCUGGAUGACGAGGAUAUGACUUUGGUAAAUCAACAAACUUUGUUUGUUGGCAAGAAGUCGCCAUCGUCGGCUCAUGGGCGCCCUAGCAAUGGUCGUAGUGGUAAAUCUACAAGACCCAAAAACAGGCAGGAUAGUGAUCUCUAUGAGAGUCUACGACAAGGCGCACAGUACGUGAUGAAUGGACUCAUUGGUCAUUGAUACAAUUUAUGGCAGGAUCAUCUCCGUUUGUUUAUAUAUUAUGUGUAUAAAUACAAAGAAAUAAAAUUAAAUGUUGGC